UGACCCGAUUUCAGACUUUAUUCAGAUUUGUGUGCACCUGAUGUGUCGGAAUUACUUUCCAGCAUGGCACAAGACUACAAAGAGCAUUAAAAACUCAAUUUAAAAACUCAGUUCUAAGAUAUACUGUCUGUAAUGAAGAUGGAAGAGGGGUGAUGUGGUCACCUCUGGCAGAUAAAGUUCUUUACAAUCUAGACUCAGAAAUGAUCGUAUUCUGUCAGAACUUUCUUGCUUUGUGUGCCAGCGGCUUCUACAAUGGUUGCGUCUUCCACCGAAAUAUAAAGGGCUUCAUGGUUCAGACUGGAGAUCCUACAGGUACAGGUAAAGGAGGAACAAGCAUGUGGGGGCGUAAAUUUGAGGAUGAGUUCAGUGAACACUUAAAACAUAAUGUAAGAGGAGUGGUCUCCAUGGCAAACAAUGGUCCCAACACGAAUGGCUCCCAGUUUUUCUUCACUUAUGCCAAACAGCCUCACCUGGACAUGAAGUACACAGUGUUUGGAAAGAUCAUAGACGGCUUGGAAACACUGGAUGAGCUGGAGAAGCUGCCUGUGAAUGAAAAGACGUUCCGGCCACUGACUGAAACUCGGAUAAAGGAUGUCACCAUUCAUGCUAAUCCUUUUGCUGGAUAGCAGAUUUUCACUUUCAUAUGAUACAAUGCUUGUUGCCUUGCUAAAGUCGAAAUACUUUUCAAAUGGUAGAACUGGAGAGUCCACUCACAUGCCCAGACAGUGGGCAGAGUGCUGACUUCAAAGCUACAAAGUGUUAAAUUGUCUUAACUUUUAUACGGUGUAGUUCCUCAUUUUGCAACUUCAUGUAAAAAGUAUAUAUAAAUCAGGGGGAUGUCUUGUUUCCUUUAGACAAUAAACUUUGUAAACAAAAAAUAAAAUAUGGAUGUAACCACCAUGAUGUCACCCA